GAGCAUGGACUAAUAUCUUAUUUCGCUAGAGGGCGUUAUUGUACUGCAUAGGCACAAAAUGGCGGGUUUCUCUAAAGAUUUGGUUUAGUGUUGUCCACUUUUCGAAGAUUUCUCUCUUUUCGUGAUAAGAACAUGGCUUCAAAGGGGACCGAAGGCUUCGGGAACAUCGCGUGUUGGGGUUUCAGUCCCGCACAGGACUUGCAAGACUUAGGGAAGGAGCUACGACUGGAAAAAUUGACGCUUUCUGAGUCUGCAGAACCUUCGAGAGAUCUGAAUGUUUUGCUGGUGGGAGCGGGGGAUUGUAGACACAUUCUGAAGACGAUUGCUCAGUCUUACAGGUGGAACAGAAGGAAGAUAAACUUCUAUGUAGUAGAGAACCAGUUGGAACUGUUACUGAGACAUCUGCUGUUACUGAACAUUGCUCUGGAACCUCCGGACAGGAUGGGACUGCAAGAGAAGACUGAGCUGUACCUGGAGGUUUUUGGGGACGCUCUUGUCCGAGAGCAGACAGCUGACUACAUCAGGUCCAAGGCCACAGACUUCAUCAAGCUCAUCACAGAUGCAGACAGACUGGCGCGUGACAUGCCGUUGAUUGACAUGUCCAUGUUGAAGUUCCGUGAGCGUGACGCCAUGGAGGCCAUCUGUAAGUUCUGGAGGGACACGGAAGACAAGUCAUUCGACAUUGUCAAGUUUUGGGAUGCCCGACAGAGGCGAUACCUGGAAGUCCGUUAUGACAGCAGGAAAAACGUGUAUGACUGGGACCGCACCAUGAAACUACACGAGAAGGAUGCCAAGAUCCUGCAUGGUUCGGAGUACAACCGGUGGCGAGACUCGGGCGUGGCCUUCCAGGUGCGAGAAGGAGACUACACCGUGGGGAACCGUACCCUCGCAUCCGGGGUUCUCAUCAAACGGGAGGGUGAGAGAAUCCCUGCCCGUGGAUACUGGGGAGACAUCGCCACUGGUCCCUUCAUCAGCCAUGGGAUAGAGUCGGAGAACCAGGACCUGUUCAAGACAGCUAACGGCCUGCAUACAGGGUGCUGCUCGUUUGUGUCAGAAUACAACCUACUCGCCAUGUUCCACGAGAUUCUGCACAGGGAGAGAUACGUCCCUCCUAAAGAGCAGAAAGAUGCUGAGGGUAAGAAAGGGGCGACUCUGACAGAGAUAACAGAGGAGGAGGAAGAGGCAGAAGAUGAGGGAACAGAGCAGACUACUGAUACAUCAGGAGGAGGAGAUAGAGGAGAUGGUACAACUAAGGAUGAGGACCAAGCACUCAUCCCCUGCCCAGACUUCAAGGUGCACUUCCUGCCACUGAACGCCUGCAGCGACAUCCCGCGCCGCAGCAAGUAUGCGGAGCUGUUUGACGUGGUGUUCUUUGCGACUGGCAUGGUCCACGGGAUCACGCCCGAGCUGAACACAACCCUCGCAGACGAAGCUGUUAUCAUAGUGGAGACGGCAAAGUACUUGAUAGACCUGAGGAAAGAACAGCUGGAGCAGUUUGGGAGCAAAGUUAACGAGAUGGCAGCUGCAGCAGGCUGGAAGCCCAUCUCUACAUGUGACUUCACCAAGGAUGUGUUUGCUAAGUACCAGUUCAAGAGGGAGUCAUGAACAUCUUUGACAUGGAGUUGCCUUAAGUUUGCUUUAGCUAUGCAAAUUGAUGAUCAAAAUUGAGUAAACUUUGCAACAAUCUUGUAAUCAAAAUGAUAUCUAGAAAAAUGUUUGCUUCCAUUCUUACAUGUUGUGUUUGUUGUACAGUCUUGUAUUUGAAAUAAAAAGAGUCCAUUUAACACCUUAAGUUUAUUUGUUGGGUGUAGGGGUAGUAUAUAUUUAUGGCCCAGAAGAAUGUCCUUCUUUUGUGUUGUAAGAUAGAAACAGGGUUAACUAAAUUAAAAUCAAGUUUUUGCAAGCUCCUCAUGUACAAUGUACUUGCUUCAAUCUGUAUGAGUGAGGACAAAUUCACUGCAUGUUUUAAUUUCAAGUCCAUGUGAUGCACAUCGUCAGUUGUUACUUAUCCAUUUUCCUUUGUCAGGGAGAUACAUGUACAAUGUAUCGUACAGUAGCUUACAAGAAAGGAUGGGGGAGUAGAAGUGGUAACACCUCAAACCUGUUGCAAAGUCAAUGUCAAAAAUAUUACUUGCAUACAAAGUGUUCAGAAGUCAAAGUUUGACUCUUGCCAAUCUUCAGUAUCCAUUUGAAUUCUUUGGAAUCCUAUUCAAACAGCCUCAGUACACACAGUGCUGUGUUAUACAUAUACUUUGUACAUGUUAUAGAGUAUGAUUCAUCAGACCAAGUACAUUGUGUCACUGUACAUCUGUGUUUAGUGUAUGAUUGUUUACAAGGCAACUGUGGUUUCAACAGUGGCCUAACAUUUCCACCUGAGUUGAUCUGAAAAAAUAUAGAUU